AUGCAAAUGGACAAUCGAUCUGGUGGUACACGUUCUCUUCCCUCCGCGAGGCCCUUGCGCGCUCAAAAGCAUCGUGGGAGCCUAGUCAUGAAUGUUGAAGUGGAUAAUUGGGCAGUGGCAUACCGCCACCAGUUGGAGGCUUCUAAUCAACUGAUUGCACCCAAUUCUCGCUUCUUUACUGAGUUGGCCGCUCUCUACAUCGGAGGCGUUAAGCAGUCUCGAUUGGACCCAGACUACAUCCAAGAGCUGGUGGCGCUUCCCGCCCUUCGCAAGAGGUGGCACGAGAAACUCACGGUCACCCCUGAGGCGGAGUCGGAAACCGACUGGCCCAGUCUGGCCCGGGCCAUGCGAUCUCUCCCCGCGGGCGUCCAACGCUGGACCACAAAGCACGUGGUGGGUAUGUGCGGUGUCGGCAAGUUUAAG